GCUUUGACCGAGUCUGGAAACUCAGUUUUCAAAUGGACAAAACAAUCCGCCAACGCUGGACGCGCUUCACCCAAGCAGCCAGCAUUCAGAACCCUCUGCAUUUUGCAUUAUCCUCAUCAGUCUCCCUCUGCCACCACACGCACAUUGCGUAACGGAGCCCUGAAAUUGGAAAAGACUUGGUCUGCCAAGGGCACAAAUUGGAACUUCGACUUUGUCUACAAGUAUAUGUACAUAUGUAUAUUCGCGUCAGAUCGAAUCACAGUCAUUAAUCAAGAGAAGCGCCCGCAGUUUCUAAUUGGGGAAAGCUUUUUCAGACGCUGCCGAUCGUCAGUUGUGCCGGCGGGUCCAAUUAAGCCACGCUUCUCGAAAAGUGCCUCGAUUGAUUCGAUUGUUUGCAGGCAGUGCCGUUUUCGAGCUGCCAAACCCCAUUGCAUCCCAUAGUACAACAGUGGCACACCACAAGCUGAAAUCUAAUCUGCCCAUCGUCACAGGCAGAUCAUAAACCCAUUCAUUCGAAGAGUACUAAAAACAAGCCCGAGAGUAUGAGCAGCUACCAGAGCAGGUCUGGGCUCGGCAUUGCCAGCCAGUCCGGGCCAGUCUACGGAGUGAUCUCGUCGUUGGACGAUCCCAGUGCGGUUCCUUCCGAUUUCGCCAGAUGCGCCGUGGCCGAGCCCAGCGAGAGCGAGCUAAGCGUAUUCCUCACCUGGCGGACCAUUCACAAGAAGAUGGAGCAGAAGUACUGCUCUGUACUUAGGAAUCGCAGCCUGAUUGUCGAUCUACUAGCCAUAUUUUUUGGCAUCGGCACCUGGCUGGGCGUUAAUGGAACCUUCAUACAACUUCCACUGCUGGUCGACGAGGCCCCCGAGGGUUGGAGUCUGCCCUCUUACCUGAGCGUAAUGGUCCAGAUUGGCAAUCUAGGUCCACUGCUCUACACGGCCAUACAGAAGUACUCACCGCGCAAGCUCAACGAUGGCUGGACCAUACACGGCGUUCUGCUGGUGGGCGCCAUCUCCUGCCUGCUCACGGCCUUCUUCUACAACCGUACGGCUGAGGUGAACGGAGUGGAUCACAGUGUGGCCCUUUUGGUGCUGACCAUUUUCACGGCCCUGAAUGCUUGCACCAGCUCGGUGCUGUUCAUGCCGUACAUGGGGCGCUUCAAGGAGCAGUACAUGGUCACGUACUUUAUUGGCGAGGGACUGAGUGGCCUGCUCCCGAGUGUAACGGCCCUUAUCCAGGGCAUUGGCGAGACAUCGCAGUGCGUGUUGGUGAACGUCACGGAGACCGGCCAGGAGAUCUUCGAGCAGCAGAAGGUGCCACCGAACUUCGACACCAAGGUCUUCUUCCUCAUCCUGUUCGGCCUGAUGGUGCUCAGCUACAUUGGCUACACGCUGCUCAAUGCACUGCCCCUGGCCAGGAUGGAGUACGCCAAAGUCACCGUCAGCGAUGGCAACAAAUACGUGUACGGUGAGGCGGACAAUCAGCCGCCAGCGGAAAAGCUGACCCGCGGCCAAUACACCUAUCUGUUGCUACUGAUAGGAGCUAUCUCCCUGUUUAGCAACGGGAUGUUUGGCAGCAUCCAGUCCUACUCGAGUGCCCCCUAUGGAUCGCGUUCCUAUCAUCUGGCCGCCACGCUGAGCGUGAUCGCCAAUCCGGUGGCUUGCUUCAUGGCGAUGUUCCUGCAUUUUACCUCACUGCGCCUCAUAACCGUGCUCUCUAUCAUCGCCGCAUUGCUCACCAGCUACGUCUUUACCACGGCCGCUCUGAGUCCAUAUCCGCCGUUCUAUGACCAUAGCUUCGGAGGUAUCCUAGUCGUCGCUGCCUGGACCCUUCUGGUGGGCAUCGUCAGCUACACCAAGCUGGGUAUCACCACUGUGAUGCGCUCCCAGGGUGGCCAGUCGCUGGUCUGGGUGGGAUCCAUCACCCAGCUGGGCUCCACCAUUGGUGCUGUGUCGAUCUUCUUCGCCAUCAACUACACGGAUAUGUUCCAGGCGGCGGAGAUGACUUGCUGAUGCAAAGCAUGGAAUGGAAUGGACAUCCAGGGAUGAAUCGUGAUUUUUACUGUAGUUUAGUGUGAUAUUUUUCAGAUUUGUAUUUCUACUUAUAUCGUCACAAUGAAGACAAUAGUAUAUUAAGUUCCUGAACUUUGA